AUGUCGGACUCUGUAGACCGCGUCUUCGUCCAUGCCCUGAAUACCGUUAAGCGGAUUCCCCGGACGGGGACCGCGCGCCCUCCCGCCGCCGAGCGCUUGAAGCUUUAUGGGUUGUACAAGCAGAGCAUGGAGGGGGAUGUCGAGGGUGUUAUGGAUCGUCCGAUUGGGAAUACUCCCGAGGUUCAUGCUGAGUGUGAGAAGUGGGACGCAUGGUACGCCCAGCGCGACAUGUCGCGCACCGAAGCCAAACGCCGCUACAUAUCCACCUUGAUCGAUACAAUGCACCAGUACGCCUCGCAAACACCCGAAGCGCGCGAACUCGUCUCCGAGCUUGAGUUUGUCUGGGAUCAGAUCAAGUUCAAUGCUUCCUCGUCGUCGUCAUCUAGUCCGCUUCAUGCCGUUGGGGUUCCGCCCUUAUCGCGCAGUGCUUAUGAGAGUAUUGGUAGUCGGUUGGCGCAGUCGACUGAGGACUACGAACGGCCUAAUCGGAGGGCUGAUGUUAGUCGGAGAGAUCGCGAUUCCAGGCUACGGGUUCUUAGUCCUGUGAGCCAGCCGGAAGAAGAGGAAUAUUAUCGACGGAGGUCCAUGGACGAUGAAGAUCAGGACCCUAAUGAUGAUGAGGAGGAGGAGGAGGAGGAGGAAGAUGAAGAGUAUGAAGAAGCUCGUGAUAGCUUAUAUGAAGAUCAAGACCCCGAAGAACCCGAUCAUGCCAGCACCAAUACCAAUACUGAUGCCGACGCCUCACAUCGGCAUCGCAAACAUACCUCUGCAAUAAGCAUUGGUAGCAGUCUUCACCGUCGAGACUCCCAGUCCCAAGGGGACCCUGCCAACCCGCGAAAUAGCCGCUGGCGCCGCCGAGUCGAGCAGGCAUUGACGAAGAUGACAGCGGAGAUUGCCGCUGUGCGUGAGCAGAUGGAGGCGCGUUCAGUUGCUCAGCGCAGGCGCUCGGGUCUAUGGGCUUGGGUGAAGUGGGUGAUGUGGAUUGCUGUGCGGCAGAUUAUAUGGGAUCUGGCUAUGCUCGGCGCCUUGUUGAUUUGGAUGCGGAUACGUGGUGAUCGUCGUGUUGAGGCUCGGCUCAAGACUGGCUGGGCUGCAUUGAAGGCUCGGUUGGGAAAGCUGAGGCUCAAGAGGGUUAAUAUGCCCAUCUUGCCUUGA